UGCCUAAUGCCUAGACUUACUGGUUUUUGAACAGGUUUUCUGCGCACUUAUUACGUUGCAAACUCGGGUGUGGUUGUUAGAUUUGAUCAGUGAAAAAGGUGUACACAAAUCCAGACGCUAUCUGGACGCCCGACUCUGAACACUUCUAUCCGCUGCCUGAUCUUUGUCGAGUAUGUUUCGCUGUGGAAUUGCGUAUCCAAGAUGCAGGUGGAUCCUACCACUUCUAUUGCUUUUUGCGAUUAUAUUUGACAUUAUUGCCAUUGCCGCUAAAUCUGGAUGGGUUGAGGAUGAGGACGCGAAGUCACACUACGCAAGCAUGUGGAGUCAAUGUCGAGGCCGGAAUGACCACUGGGAAUGCAAAUCGCUAAUGGAAUUCUCCUGGGCGAAGGCCGUAGCAGCUCUGAUGAUCAUCGGACUCAUCAUCCUCAUCAUCACCUUCAUCAUUUCCUGUAUUGCUCUCUGCUGUACCCUCAACAUAACCCUUCUUCCAGUCAUUGGUGUCCUGCUCUUUGUUGUUGUGAUCAUUCAGUUCAUCGCUCUCAUCAUCUACCCCGUCAAUUUCAACGACCAGAUCUUCGAGGGCCACUACGACUACACCUGGGCCUAUGGCUUUGGCUGGGGGGCCACCAUCCUCGCCAUCGGCUGCGGGAUCCUCUUCUGCUGCCUGCCGCGCUACGAGGACGAGCUGACGGGCCUCGCCAAAACCAAAUACAUCUACAGCUCAGCCUAGAGGAACCGCACACGUGCCCACGCUCAGUAGUCUGAAGUUUCUUCCUUUUCCGUCACACACCCUUCAUCCGCACUGAUUAAAACGCAGUGUGGUUGGUUCUUUUGUAUGAGUGCCGAUGAAGGAUGCGAGGAAAGGAACCCUUACUUUAGACUAUUGAGGACGACCCAAGGCAGACAGAAGCAACUCUGUUCCCUCAGAUGAUGCUGAAACUCAGACAUCACAUUUUGUCAUUUGUGAACAUGCUGAAUGCCACAACUUCUCUGUUGCAAGAUGUGGAUUGUGUAUCUCGUUCCUAUGCCCUUUGUCUGACCCUUAUGCUUUCCACCAUUUAGAUUUGGGUGACCAAUGCAUGGCUGUCCUCAUGGCUUGGUUUCCCCCAUUUUUAUAACGUUCUGUGUUUAACGUUUGUUUGGGAAUACUACUCUGCGACUGAAAUUCAUUAUUGUACAGUGUACAUACAGUUGGCAUAUUCCUCGUUAGCAUACUUUCCCUUUGUAAAUUGGUUAAAGGCAAAAUCACCAAAGUGUACUUAAAAUAACAAUAAUAGUGUUGUAACCAGCUGGGUUAGAGGGACUACACACAAUCUUUGUUUUUGACGGCAGGAUUGUUUUAUGGUCUGUUAAUCAGUGUUUCCCAAUCCUGGACCACAGGACCCAAAGGGGUACAUGUUUUGUUUUUGCCCUAGCACUCACACACCCGAUUCAGAUUAAAAACCUGAUAAUAGGUUGAUUAUGUCACUCAAAUGUAUAAGUGGUAGGGCAGCAUUUUAAAAAGGUGUGUGAGUGCUAUGGCAAAAACAAAAACGUGCAACCCUUUGGGUCCCGAGGACCAGGAUUGGGAAACACUGUUAGAUGUUUUUUCGGAUGUUGCUUUUCAAAGAUUUAGUCACUUGAAUUGAGUUGUUCAUGUCUUUUUGUUUGAAUAUCAAUGGGUAUGUGACUUAUUGUAUUGUAUUUUUAAUGCCACAUUUUUGAAAAGAACAUGAAUUCAAAAUGUUUCAUGUCAUUGCAUGUGCUGUUUGAGGUAAAUGGCAUGCAGCACUCAGCCACAGAGCUGUAAUGGUACAGCUAAUACAGUAUUUUAAUACAUUUUAGUCCAAUUCAGCAGCAUCAAGAGAUCCCUUUAAGUCUGGUACAGAAGACUAGUCAUGCAAUGUCAUAUUCCGGCGUGCCUUUAUAUUUCCUAAUUGCUGAAUGUGUGGUUGAAAUAUUGAACAGGAAUUUCUAUGGACUCAAUUCCUCAAGUCAUGUAUCAGUUUCAAUGAAAAAUCAUGUUAAUAGGCGUUAGCAUAUAGAUUCUGGGAACCAUCUUUUGUUUUAGUAGUAGAGUUUUCAGCAGUGUCUUUUUAUGCAAUACAUAUUUUUUCAAUGUGUUAUAUCUUUAGACUGCUAUGGUUGUGUGUCCUAAAUGGUGUUGUUAGCUAUAGUUCGGUAGUUGACAGAACCUAACAUCAUGCCCUUUUUUAAUUAUUGGGAUAGUUAGGAUUUCACUCAGUAAUUUUGCUUGAUAAUUUCAAUGCUUGGAUUUGAAAUAAAACAAUUCCUAUAAAGUAUAGAUUCUCAACUUA